UCACCUAAUCCAUUUCCUCAUAGCUCAAAUUUCCACGGAAUCUUCACUUUUCUUCUUCAUUCCCUUUCGAUUAUCUGUAAUCCCUCGAAGCUCAUCGGUUCCCAUGGAGAUUGCGACUGAACCAACCAUUCCCACAACCCCAACUCAGUCAAAACCUGUAGAUUCCGAACAACAAUCUGAAACUUCCGGCGCCGGCGAAACGACGGCGACCCCAGAACUUGAAACGCCCAUAGACGGAACCCCAGAUCGAGAGAAGAAGGGAAAAGGCGAAAACCAAAAGGAAAGUUCAAAAUGUGAGUGUAAAACGCCAACCCCAGAUGAGAAAACAGAGGAAAAACAGAGGAUUUUGGUCCCUGUAAAUGGUUUGAUGAUGGAUCGAUUGAAGGUGCCGAAGAGCCCGAACGUGGCUGGAGAAGCUAAACAAAGAGGGGGCAUUGCAUUGCCCAGGAAUGGUACUCCGAAUCGGCUGAAAGUGCCCAAAGCAUUCAAAUAUCACGAAAGGUAUACAAGUCCGACGGAUUUGAUGAUGUCGCCUAUCACCAAAGGCCUUCUCGCCAGAACCAGGAAAGGGGCUGUCCCUUCCAAGAUGCAUGAGCUCAGAAUUUCAGAGAUGAGUCUUCAUAGCUGAAUAAAUGUGUUCUUAUGGGCCUCAAAAAUUUCAUGAGUUCUUCUCUUUUCAUUUCCAUUGCUUCUUGUAUCACUUCUUUAUGAUUCUUUAUGAAUAUAUAGUAGAAUUUAAUUCAUUGUUCUACUAAUAUUGUGUUAAA